CAGCCAGUUGCUGCUGGCCUAUAAAAUCCCUUUGUCUCAACACCCUUUUGUUCUGCGUCCUGUCCGUGGCUCACAACCAGAGAGAACCCAGGCUGAAAUCCAUUGUUUAUUGGUUCAUCAAGGCAUCACAAUGGGCGAUCAGGCAAGAAGACCUGGGAAUCCGAAAAUGGACAUCAAACCCAAGUCAAAGAUUUCGGCAUCCCGAAAACUUUCUCUAAAGAUGAUGCUUCUGAACAGAGCCAUGGAUGAUCUGGAGAGGGAGAAACAGGAGAGAGAAGAAGAGAGAAAUCGCUACCUCGAAGACAAUCUCCCUCCUCUGCAGCUUUCUGGACUCUCUCUGGGCGAGUUACAGAAUCUUUGCAAGCAACUCCAUGCAAAAAUCGAUGUGGUAGACGAAGAAAGGUUCAACUAUGAGGAUAAAGUUAUCAAACACAACAAAGAUAUCAAUGAGCUAAAGAUGAAGAUUCAGGAUCUAGGGGGGAAGUUCAAGAAGCCUGCACUGAGGAAGGUGCGUGUGUCUGCUGAUGAGAUGAUGAGGGCCCUGCUGGGCUCGAAACACAAAGGCUCCAUGGACCUCAGAGCAAAUCUCAAGUCUGUCAAGAAGGAGGACAUCAAACAAGAGAAGGUCCUGACCAGUGAAGUAGGUGACUGGCGUAAGAAUGUGGAAGCCAUGUCUGGCAUGGAGGGACGAAAGAAGAUGUUUGAUGCGGCUGGUGGAGGCCAGUGAGCCCUCAGCAGCUGGAAAGCCAUGGUCUUGCCAGAUAAAUUAAGACAUAGACAUGAUAUUGGCCAGAAACAUACUCUACACAAUUGCAAAUGCUUUGCUAACACUUAUUAUUAUGGUUAUUAUUAUUAACAGGUCAACAUAGCAGUAACUGAUCUGAAAAAGUAAACUGAUCCUUGAAGACAUAUAUGAUAUAUGGCAAUACUUGGCAUUCAUCUGACAGGGAGAGUUUUCCACGACCACUAUCGGGUCCUUAUAUACAUAUAACGUGUAAGGAAGGGUAGCCGGUGUACUAUUUGGUGGACCCUCAGGGAGUUGGACUACAUAAUCUUCGUAUAGGGAGUCAGCGGCCUUGCAUUUAUUUAUGCGAAUUCUACAUAACACACAUAUGGAUACAUAGUAUAUUAGAUUGUAUAAAUUAUGAAAGGCAAAUAAAGUGGCAAGAAAAUGAUGUGAACCUUUUGGAAUUAGCUUGUUUUCUGCAUUGAUUGGUCAUAAAAUGUGAUCUCAUCUUCAUCACAGUCGCAAGUAUAGAUAACACAAUGUGUGUUAAUCUAACAACACAAACAAUUAAAAUCGUUCAUGUUUUGAACACAUCCCAUUAAACAUUCACAGCGCAGUGGAAAAAGAAAGUUAACCCUUGGAUUUAAUAACUGGUUGAUCCUCCUUUGGCAGCAAUAACCUCAACCAAGAAUUUCCGAUAACUACUGAUUACACCUGCACAACGUUCUGAAGGAAUUUUGGACCAUUCUUCCUUACCGAACUGCUUCAGCUCAGUCAUAUUCUUAGGAUGUCUAGUGUGAAUGGCUCUCUUGAGGUCAUUCCACAGAAUCUCUAUUGGGUUAAGUUCAGGGGUCUGACUGGGCCACUCCAAAAGGUGGAUUUUCUUUUUUGAAGCCAUUCUGUAGUGGAUUUACUUCGUCAUUGUCCUGCUGCAUCAUCCAACUUCUACUGAGCUUCAGCUGUUGCACAGCCACCCUGACAUUAUUCUGUAGGAUGUCUUAAUAAACUUGGGAAUUAACUUUUCCCUUGAUGAUGGUAAGCAGUCCAGGCCCCGAAGCAGCAAAGCAGCCCCAAAUCAUGAUGCUCGCUCCACCGUACUUAACCGUUGGGAUGAUGAAUUUCAUGUUGGUAUGUGGUGCCCUUUAAAUGCCAUACGUAGUGCUGUGUGUUCUUCCCAAAAAAUUCAACCUCAGUUUCAAUAGUCCACAACAUCUCUUUCCAGUAGUGUUGUGGAGUGUCAAGGUAGCAGUGUUUUUGUUUGAAAGCAGUGGCUUCCUUUGUGUCCUGCCAAAGACACCAUGUCUGUUUAAUGCUUUAAGUAGAGUAGACUCAUGCAGAUGUUAAAUAGUUCCAAAGAUUCCUUCAAGUCUUUAUCUGUCACUCUAGGGUUCUUUUUUACCUCAUGGAGCAUUCAGCAGUGUGCCCUUUGAGUCAUCUUGGCUGGACGGACACUUCUAGGGAGAGUAGCCACAGUACUAAAUCGUCUCCAUUUAUAGACAGUUUGUCUAACUAUGGACAGAUGAAUAUCUAAUCUUUUUGAGAUAACUUUGGAACCCUUUCCAGAUUUAUGAAAAGCAACAAUUUUUAAUUGUAUAGUCUUCUGAGAUCUCUUUUUUGCAAGGCAUGGUCAACGUCAGCAGAGGCUUCUUGUGAAUAGAAAACUCAAAAUGUUUGCUUUUUAUAAGACAGAGUAGCUCUAACCCACAAUUCCAAUCUCGUUUCAUUAGUUGGAUGACAGGUUUGCCAUCUCCUGACUCUAAUUACCUUUUUUUGACAUCAUUAGCUUAGGGGUUCACAUACUUUUUCCAUUUUGAAUGUUUGAAUGUUGCAUUUAAUAUGUACAAAAAUAAUACAAUAAUUUCUGUGAUAUUUGUUAAAACAGAUUGUGUUUGUUCAUUAUUGUAUCUUUGAUGAGAAUCAAACCAGAUUUUAAGACUAAUUUAUAUGUAAAUGCAGUAUCUAAUUUCAAUGUAAUUUCAAAGGGUUCACAUACUUUUACUUGCCACUAAAUCCAUAUAAAUGAACUAUACUUUUAUAUCUAUCUAUCUAUCUAUCUAUCUAUCUAUCUAUCUAUCUAUCUAUCUAUAUAUAUAUAUAUAUAUAUAUAUAUAUAUAUAUAUAUAUUAGAUUUCUGUAUGGGAGAUCUGCUAUAGCAACAAUUAUAAAACUGAAGCUGCUCCCAAAUCGCAUACUUCUGCACUAUUCUAAACUUUUUUAUAGUGUAUAGUGUGAGUAGUAUGUUCCAACUGCAAAAUGCAACAAGAAGUGCACUAUGAGUGCCCGUACUAUAACUGAACCAACAGAGAAUGCAACACAUACUUGCGGAGCAUUAUGAAUGGUCGUUUGACUCAUUUCAGAAUGCAACAAUGUGUGAAAUCAAGUUAGCUUUGAAGCCUUUGUGUUCAGAUGAUUGCGUAGAGUAUUUUUUUGAUCCUUGUCAGGUUGUCAUUGCUUUGAAGAGUUAGAAAAAUAUGUCUUCUAGGUGUCAGCAUUAGGUGUUUUUGAGACCCAUCCCAAUUUGCAUUUGUUAGUCACUUCAUAUCAUGAUGUGUAUGCAUGACUAAGUAGACUUUAAAGAAUAUGUUUGGCUUCAUGACUUUUAAAUAUUUCAUACACAAUAUAUAGGAUAUGCGUAUGUGGUUGUGUGAUAAAAUUACGUCUUAACUUGGCAUUAAAAAUUGCAGAAUAAAGCAGAACAUGACUUAUAAUGUAUUCUUUCUCCAUUUAAGACUUAUUUAUUUUUAUAUUCCUCAAGGAAUGCUAAUAAUUAAUAAAACCAAUCCUAAUGGGAUCAAAUAGGAAUCCUACAAAAAUGAAAUACAAUCCAACUGGUUAAACUUGGAAACUCAUUAAACGUUGUCCAUUAGGAUCUUAUUGAGGAUUCUUUUUUUGAGCUUGGGUUUAAUAUGAUAGAAAAUCCAUUAGCAAACCAAUAGCAUUCUUUUUGACAAGGGUUGCUACAAUAACACUAUCCAGUUUUGAGAUCUGUGAUGAUAAAUACCCCAGCCAUUUC